CUGUUCAAACAUUAGAAGGCCCAAUUGGCUAACGUGGGUUGGGUUGAGGUUUGUAUGCAUAAAACCCUUAAAGGAAUUUCACCAUUGAAACCUUCUUCCUGCUCUGUAAGCACCCCCAUUCUGUGCUCAAGAACUUUACUCUGUUAACUGAUUCAUUUGUGGAGGGAGAAAAAACCGGUAAAAUGCCAUUGGGGCUGAUAAUGGGAAUUGGGAGGGCGUUCAGGAGAAAGCGUACGUCUUCGCUCGAUAUUCUCACCUCGAAAAGGAGUCCGCGAGGUUAUUACAAGGGAAAGAAUUGCAAGCCCACUGGUUUCCACACUCGCAAAGGUGGUUAUGUUGUGGUACCUGAAAAGUUGCCAAACUAUGUAGUACCAGAUUUGACUGACUUCAAGCUAAAACCGUAUGUAUCCCAGUGUGCUAGAGAAGGUUCCGAGGCUGCUGAUUCAGCUAAGUAAAUUGGUUGAAUGUUGAAAAUGUUUUGAUUAAUCAGUAAUUAGGUAUUAUGAGAAAGAUUGUUCAUGGGUACCUUCAACCCUUUUGCCUUUUUUAGGAAAUUCUAUAUAUUCUUCGUUCUGUUAAUGAGUACGGAUUUUGUUGGCAUUCAUUUUCGCAUAAAACAUCGCCAACUCAUUUCA